AUGCGCCACUCGUACGCCACUGUCCUGCUUCUAGCAGCCAGGUCGCUUGCCGCCCCGGCAGAUGAGGCCAAGGAGAGUGCCACCGGCCCCGACGCUCCAGCUGGUGUCCUGCGGCUGCCUCUGGUUCCCAUUACGAUUGAGCCGAGACCUGCUGGCGUCAGCCGACCAGCGCGUCAUGCCCAGGCCGACUUGGGAGUUUUUGGAUAUAGCGGCCGACAUCCGUUACCAGGCUUCGGGGUGAUUCUUGGGAUUGGCACGCCGCCCCAGGAAGUCGUCGCGGAAACGGAUACCGGUUCUGAUGCGCUUUGGGUACCCGAUGUACGGGCUGGCAGGACGAGAGUGGAACCUGUUUCCGUCUUCUUCGACAGGUCCCGUAGUACCAGCAUAAGAGAUCUUCAUAUGAAGGACGGCCGGCGGUACACGCAUGAAGUGGCCGAGUUCGACGUGAUGGCGGACGUGGUAUCCAUAGGCGGUCGUCCGCUCGGCGAGAUCUAUUUUGGCGUUUGCAACGUGGACAAGCCUCCUACAUCCUUGGGGCGCCACGUUGGCAUCCUCGGCUUGGCCCCAGGGAAGAACAAAGACCAGUUCAUCAUACAGAAGAUGCUCGAUCAAAACAUUGUGGAUGACGGCUCUUUCAGCAUGGGUGUCGACGAACAAGGCGAGGGCGCCAUUAUCUUUGGCGGCUAUGACACUAGGAGGUUCUCUGGGCCUCUUGAGAAGUUCCCGCUCCAUUCCACAUCCAGGGUUAAAUACAUUGUCAACAUGAAAUCAGUGACGCUGUCUGAUAGCACCACCGCCAAUCAAGUCAUGGCAGAUCAAGGGCUCACCAUAGGGCUCGAUUCUGGGUGCCCAGGUCUCGCCGUGAAGAAGCCCAUCUUCACCAAGAUUCAGAAGGCGCUGGCGGCCACAUUUACUCAUGGCGUCCUAGCAGUAAACUGCGACAAGCUGCAGAGCACAAACGUCACCCUGGCGAUGAGCGACAACGUGUCCGUCACCAUGCCCCUCAAAGACUUUGAGUUGGAUUUGCCGGAGCUUGCGACUGGAGGCAACUGCUUGGCGGCAAUUUCUCUGAGCGACGACCGCGCCUCGGCCGAUGUUCGAAUUGGCCACCACUUUUUACGCAGAGCUCAUGUCGUCUACGGAGACAAGAAUGUUCACAUUGCUCGGGGCAGCAACUGCGGCUCCAACGUUGUCGCCAUCGGGGGCGGCGGCAUUCCAAGCGGCGUUGUGGGCGAAUGCGCCGAACAGCCGCUCGGCCCAAUUUCCACCCCUCCGAGGGCGCCUGCCGACGAGCCGUCUCCGUAG